GUCUGCCUGCCCGACUAGUGCUGCAGCGGAGGGGAGACUGAGACGGGGCAAGACUCCAGUGCUGCAGGACCGCAUCAGAAGCACGUUGUUCCAAACACAAUAUUCCUACCAGUUUAGAUCUUUGGAGCUACACAGCCACUAUGGCACAAGCCGCCAAACAUCUGCGCAAGAAUAAGGACCUAGAGGCUCUCGCCGAACAAGAGAGAAAGGAAAAAGAAGAGGAAAAGGCAAAGAAAAGAAGCCGCUCACGGGAUAAAAAGCGCAAGGCCCACGUCGUUCAUCGCUGGCUAAUCGAUCAGGAAAAUAGUGUGAGCUCUGAGCUGCUGGAUGGCCAGGGAGUGUGGCACUAUGAUGAAACAACUGAUGCAGCCACCAGUUUUCUACGUGCAGCUCGCUCAGGUAAUCUGGAAAAGGCUCUAGACCACAUCAAGAAUGGGAUUGACAUAAACAUAGCCAAUCAGAAUGGGCUUAAUGGGCUGCAUUUGGCAUCAAAGGAAGGCCAUGUUAAAAUGGUGCUGGAGCUUCUGCAUCAUGGUAUUGUACUUGAGACAACCACAAAGAAAGGGAAUACUGCACUUCACAUUGCUGCAUUAGCUGGACAGGAACAGGUGGUCACAGAGCUGGUUAACUAUGGAGCCAAUGUCAACGCUCAGUCCCAGAAGGGGUUUACUCCACUCUACAUGGCUGCACAAGAGAAUCACCUGGAGGUUGUGAAGUUUCUUCUGGACAACGGAGCCAAUCAGAUGAUUCCAACCGAGGAUGGCUUUACCCCUCUUGCUGUGGCUCUUCAGCAGGGCCAUGAGAAUGUGGUGGCCCUGCUCAUCAACCACGGUACUAAGGGCAAGGUCCGCCUUCCUGCACUGCAUAUAGCUGCUCGAAAUGAUGACACCCGAACUGCCGCCGUACUUUUACAGAAUGACCCAAAUCCUGAUGUCUUAAGCAAGACAGGCUUCACACCACUUCACAUUGCAGCCCACUAUGAGAACUUGAAUGUUUCCCAACUACUUCUAAACCGAGGAGCUGAUGUGAACUUCACGCCCAAGAAUGGGAUCACACCUUUACAUAUUGCAUCCAGAAGAGGAAACGUUAUCAUGGUUAGACUUCUGCUGGACCGUGGAGCAAAGAUUGACGCUAAGACUAAAGAUGAGUUGACUCCUCUUCACUGUGCUGCCAGAAAUGGCCAUGUAAGAAUAAUCGAGAUCCUUUUGGACCAAGGAGCCCCAAUACAGGCCAAGACUAAAAAUGGCCUGUCACCCAUACAUAUGGCAGCUCAGGGCGAUCAUUUGGACUGUGUCAAACAGCUAUUACAGUACAAUGCCGAAAUUGAUGACAUCACCCUAGACCACCUUACACCACUGCAUGUGGCAGCACACUGUGGACAUCAUCGUGUAGCCAAGGUGCUCUUGGAUAAAGGAGCCAAACCAAACACCCGUGCUCUGAAUGGCUUUACACCUCUCCAUAUUGCCUGUAAGAAGAACCACAUGCGUGUAAUGGACCUACUCUUAAAGCACUCUGCAUCCCUGGAAGCUGUAACAGAGUCAGGAUUGACACCACUGCAUGUGUCCUCCUUUAUGGGUCAUCUGAAUAUAGUGAAGUUUCUGAUGCAAAAAGGAGCUUCACCAGAUGCCUCAAAUGUGAAAGUGGAAACACCUCUACACAUGGCAUCUCGAGCUGGUCACUGUGAAGUUGCUGAGUUUCUACUACAAAAUGGAGCCCCAGUGGAUGCCAAAGCCAAGGAUGACCAGACACCGCUACACUGUGCUGCCCGAAUGGGCAUCAACGAGAUUGUAAAGCUACUCUUGGAGCACAAGGCCAAUGCCAACUCCACCACAACAGCUGGGCAUACCCCAUUGCACAUUGCUGUACGUGAGGGACACACACAGACUGCCAGUAUCUUAAUUGAUAUGAAUGCUCAGCUAACCAAAAUGACCAAGAAAGGCUUCACUCCCCUUCAUGUGGCAGCCAAAUAUGGAAAGGUAGAUGCAGAAGCAUUGCUUUUAGAGAAAGGGGCCAACCCAAAUGCUGCAGGCAAGGCCGGACUUACACCAUUGCAUGUAGCUGUCCACCAUAACAACCUAGAUGUCGUGAAUCUUUUGCUCAGGAAAGGAGGAUCACCUCACAGUGCAGCUCGGAAUGGCUAUACGCCACUUCAUAUUGCUUCUAAGCAGAACCAGGUGGAGGUGGCCAGCAGUCUUCUGCAGCAUGGAGCCUCUGCCAAUACAGAGUCACUACAAGGGGUCACACCCUUGCACCUUGCCUCCCAGGAGGGUCAGCCAGACAUGGUGUUCUUGCUCAUCUCUAAACAGGCAAAUGUAAAUCUGGGCAACAAGAGUGGUCUGACUCCACUUCAUCUUGCGGCUCAGGAGGGGCAUGUUGGCAUUGCUGACUUACUAGUGAAGCAUGGAGCAUCUGUCUAUGCUGCCACAAGGAUGGGUUACACUCCACUUCAUGUGGCUUGUCAUUACGGCAAUGUCAAGAUGGUUAAGUUUCUCUUACAGCAACAGGCCAAUGUGAACAGCAAAACCAGGAUGGGGUAUACACCGCUACAUCAAGCUGCUCAGCAGGGACAUACAGAUAUUGUGACACUUCUUCUAAAACAUGGUGCACAACCAAAUGAAACCACAUCUAGUGGCACUUCUGCUCUUGCUAUUGCAAAGCGCCUCGGAUACAUCUCAGUCAUUGAUGUUCUCAAACUGGUCACUGAAGAAACAGUUACCAUGACCACCACAGAAAAACAUCGCAUGAGUUUUCCAGAGACCGUUGAUGAGAUCUUAGAUGUUUCUGAAGAUGAAGGUGAAGAGCUGCUGGGGAAUGAGAGGACCAGGUAUAUGAAGGUGGAGGACAGAAAGGACCAUGAUGAGGAUUUUCUCUCCCCCAAAAAAGUUCUUGAGAAUCAAUCCCCUGUUAUUCCAAGGAUCCCACGUGUGUCCCCUGAAACAGUCAUGCUGAAAGAACAGGAAAUGGAUCUGCACACCCCGCUCUCCUUGCCCAAGGAAUAUGAUGAGGAUUCACUCAUCCCUAGCAGUCCUGCAACAGAAACAUCAGACAAUGUCAGUCCAGUAGCAAGCCCCAUCCACACUGGUUUUUUGGUAAGUUUCAUGGUAGAUGCUCGUGGUGGCUCCAUGAGAGGUAGCAGACAUAACGGCUUGCGUGUCAUCAUUCCUCCACGUACGUGUGCUGCUCCAACACGCAUCACCUGCCGGCUGGUGAAGCCGCAAAAACUUACUACGCCUCCUCCUCUGGUGGAGGGCGAGGGUCUCGCCAGCCGUAUCAUCUCUCUUGGUCCAGCUGGAAUGCAAUUCUUAGGGCCAGUGAUUGUGGAGAUUCCACAUUUUGCUGCACUUGGCCGAGGAGAUCGUGAGCUUGUGGUCUUGAGAAGUGAAAAUGGAUCAGUCUGGAAGGAACACCGGAAUCGCUAUGGUGAUGAGGUCCUGGAGACCAUCCUUAAUGGCAUGGAUGAAGAUCUUGAGAGCCAAGAUGAGCUUGGAAAGAAGAGGAUAAGGCGCAUUAUCUCCACUGACUUCCCUCUUUACUUUGCUGUGGUUUCCCGUAUUCAGCAAGAUAAUGAUCUAAUUGGUCCAGAGGGUGGUAACCUUACCAACAAGCUGGUGCCUAUGGUCCAGGCCAGUUUUCCUGAAACUGCGGUCACCAAGCGGGUCCGUCUUGGACUGCAGGCCCAACCUGUUCCUGAUGAACUGGUGGCCAAGCUCCUAGGAAACCAAGCCACAUUCAGCCCUGUGGUUACAGUAGAGCCACGACGUCGCAAGUUUCAUCGCCCUAUUGGCCUAAGGGUUCCUCUGCCUCCAUCCUGGAGGGAGAGCCCACGGGAUGCUGGUGAGGGUGACACCACCAGUCUUCGCCUGCUCUGCAGUGUCACUGGUGGCACAGCUCCUGCUCAAUGGGAAGAUAUAACUGGAACCACCAAACUCCUAUAUGCCAAUGAUUGUGCCAGUUUCACCACCAAUGUGUCUGCUCGGUUUUGGUUGGCAGAUUGCCCUCGGACUGCAGAAGCUGUGUCCUUUGCCAACCUUCUUUACCGCGAGUUGUCAGCUGUGCCGUACAUGGCCAAGUUUGUGGUUUUUGCAAAGAUGAAUGAAUCACGAGAUGGUCGACUCCGAUGUUACUGCAUGACUGAUGACAAAAUGGACAAAACGCUGGAGCAGCAUGAAAACUUCACUGAAGUGGCCCGUAGCAGAGACAUUGAGGUAAUGGAGGGUAUGCCGCUGUACUUGGAGUGUUCAGGAAACUUGGUCCCUAUCAGAAAAGCUGCCCAACAGUCACGCUGUUUUGGCUUCCAAGCCUUCAGAGACAACAGACUACCUGUGUCUGUCAAGGUGAGAGAUAGCAGUAAAGAGCCCUCUGGCUUUGUGUCUUUCUUCCGCAAAUCAACCAAAUAUGAGGACAAUCAACACGUGCUGUGCAACCUUAAUGUUACCAUGCCGCCAUGCAUUAAGAACAUAGGAAUUGAUGAUCGAAUCAAGACUUUGACUCCUUUGGCACUAAGAGAAAGAUACAGCGUUCUAAGUGAGCCAGUUGUCGCAUCACUGAGUGCCAUGGAAAAGACGGAGCUAAAGAUGGCUUUAGUAGCUGAACAGCUAGGCCUGAGCUGGGCUGAGUUGGGACGUGAACUGCAGUUCAAUGUUGAUGAAAUAAAUAAGAUCCGUGUGGAGAAUCCCAACUCCCUUUUAGAGCAGAGCUCAACACUGCUCAACCUGUGGGCCACUCGAGGGGGGAAGAGAGCCAAAAUGGACAGCCUGUACCUAGCCUUGAAGAGCAUUGACCGGGUAGACAUUGUGAACAUGUUGGAGGGUCAUAGAACAGCAACAGGUCAGCAGGGGGGCUGGGAACAAGAUACUUUCAGGUCUAAACAUCAUGACCGAGACCAUCUAUCUUCUGGCAUAACAAAUGGUUACGGACUGGUGGUUCAGGAGGAACUAGUGUCACCGGCCUCAAUGCAGUACAGUCUGCCUUCACCAUUGGGCAAUGACCCAUACUGGCAGGAGGUAUCAAGCAUGGAUUGUGCACCCAUCGCCACCACUGAAGAAGACACUCUAAUGGAUAUGUCAGGAGUACAGAUUUGUCCCUCAGGCAAUAGUCAUUCUGUUGUAGCUGUGGAGGACUCUUCGCUGGAAUGCAGCAAUGCUGAUGACUCGGAGGUACUUCUGAACAGAAGCCCAGACCACUCCAGGAGUGAGACACCUGGUGGAAAUGGACCUUUGGGGCUUUCUGGUCAGGAAGCAUUAAGUGAUUCCAAUGAGUUUCUUGAGGAUCUAUCUAUUGGGGCAGACUUGAAUUACAGUGGUGCAGGACUGAGUGGAGGGGUCAACAUCAAUGUUCUGGAAAGAGGUCACGGGUUGGAGAGGAUGGAAGGGGCUGUAGGUGACAAAGUCAACAACAUUAAAGACAAUUCCAGUGGAGGGUUGCAAGAAGGAGCAGAAGUAGUCAGCACAAGCUUAGAAGGUAGCAUAUCUCUCAUUUCAGGUCAGCAGCAAAUGUUUCCCCGAGUGAGUGACUCCCCUGUGCUAAGAAGACGAACAGAUCUUACUGAUGACAGGUUAGGUGGCGGGUCCCUCUUGUCUUACCUCCAGGAUCAGGAGGUUCCUGGUUGGCACUUGGCCCCAGAACCAACUCCGAACAGGAUGGGGUCUUCACACUGCAAUCCUAGACAAGCCAUAGAAUCUGUGAUAUCAUCAGUACGAGCUGCAGUGGAUUGCGAUUCUAAACAGUCUCACCUAGCCAGGAAAUCCUUAAUUGAACCGGUGCGGGACACAGGGCAUUCUGAGAUCAUUCACAUGCAUUAUCAGGGAACACAACUGUUUGAAAAAGGACUAGGCUUCCCAAGCAGAACAGCUCGAGGCUGGGAGGACAUGCAUCUAAGAGAACAGGGUGAGAAGGCAGAAGAUCUCGCAGGAGAUAAAGUAAGCGAGGAGCAGUUUACAGACGAGCAUGGCAACAUUGUCACCAAAAAGAUUAUAAGGAAGGUGGUCCGAAGAGGAAAGGAUGAGGAAGGGGGUCAGGAGCUCAUCACAGAAGGGACGCUACAGGAACACAUUGAGCCAGAUGUUGACGGAGAGCAGUACAUGAGCUAUGCCAUCCUAGGGCGUGACAGCAAGCCGGAUGUUGUGGAUGUGAAGAGUGGGGGUGCUCAAAUAGUGAAAUGUGCCAGUCUGCGGAGAGUAAAGCAGUGAGUCUAACUCACUUUUCCUUUCAGGUCACCUACACCCAAACCAUCCCUCACUGACAAAUGAUGGAUAUCAUAUAAAGAAAACAGAUCUACAGUGCUGGAAAUAAGCAAUGGAUAUCAACUAUUAAAAAGUAUCCAUGUUACUUUACCAAGCAAAACACUAGAGAUUAGAGGCAUGAUUUAUUAUUAACUGAACCCAAACAGAGAAUAAAGCAUUUGAGAGGUGCUUCCUGUAAUCUCAAUAUCAGCAUAAGAAAGUGCUGUCGCAUGGCCUGCCUUUAUAUAUUGCACUAAAUGCAAAAAAAUGAUGAGACGCAUACUGCACGGACUGUAACAGAAGACCAGAAGUAUAUCUUUAAAAUCUGGAGUUAUUGGAAGUUAUGUGGAAUCACAAAAGCAAGUUUCUGUGAAAUCCAGGAACAAUUUCCCGUCUAACUCUCAUUGUAAUUGAACCCUAGUGAUUCCAAACCACUACAUUACUGAAAUGAUUUCACUGGUAGAGAUAUCCCUCUUGUCCUGCUUCUACUGUAUAUGUGUAAUAUGCACUCAGAUGUGAAACAUGAUGCUAAUAUUGGAACAGUAUCCAAUAAUUCUGCCGCUGUUCCGAUACUUUCUCCUAAAUUCUUGUUAAUUUCUACAUUAAGGUAAAGGUAUAAUUGUGUAGCAAUUCUUAUUUUUAAAGCAGCUCUUUUAAAAAAAUGAGCUCCAGUGUUGCCUAAGAUGUGCAAGGCUCAAGAUUUACAAUUUGCCUUAUUACAGUGUACAUACAUGUGUGUCAAAUUAACAACCCAGUCUCAAGGAAGUUUGUGGCGUAGGCACGAAAUUUGGAAUCUAUAACUGGUGUCAAGGACAAGAAUUUCUAUAUUUUUUCACGUCACUCAGCACAAACUUUUUGUGUGUCACUCAGCAUGACUUUUUUUCGUGUCACCAGCACGUCUUUCAAUACACAGACCGCAUGUGUAUGUACAUGUGUGUGUGUAUAUAUAUAUAUAUAUAUACAACCUGAUAUCAAAAUAAGUCGUAAAUAUCUUGGCUAACCAACAUCUCACCCCAAACCGUAAAAUCAGCUGCAAAGGUAGCUAAAAGCGUGAGUUUCACGAGGUGGCAAAGCAACGAUAUAUGGCUACCCUAACCCUGCCCAUAAACCUAACGUCACAGGUGCAAAGUCAAAUCAUAACAAAACAGCCGAAUGAGAUCGUAGGAAACUGGAAUUCACACAAAAUGGGUAUGUGUUUUUGGAUAAUGUUUGAUGUCACGAUAUCCCUUGAGACUGUGUUGCAAAUGUUUAAUGGUUCACUUAAUGAUCAUACAAUGGUUGCAGGUAUGCAAGUACAAAAGAGACUCUAGUGUAGGACAAAAAAUAUGCCAGAGUCUAAUCUUUGAGUAAAUAUACAGGCUAUAUACUGUAUAUUCUACAGGAGUCAUUCUACAGAAGUGGUGCAAAAUGCUGUCCAACCAAAUUCAUUAUAUGUUUCUUUAUUAUUUGGUCAUAGUAAUCCAUAAUUGUUUUUAUUUUAUAAACUAUUACUUUUAUUUAAUUAUUCACUGACUGUGACUACUGAAGGUGUGUAGCCCCUGUAGCAUAUGCUAGCCUACUUCUUGUUAGUUAUUAAUAUUACAGGGACAAUCAAUAAAAGUGAUUAGGUAACUGACUGUGUUUGACAGUUUGACCAUAUACAGUAUAUUCUACAGGAGUCAUUCUGCAGAAGUGGUGCAAAAUGCUGUCCCCCAUACAUGUUUUAAAAAAGACAUAUAGUCACACCUAAACUUCACAAAGUUAAUUUGCUGUAAGAGGCAAAAUAAAUAAAAAAUUUAAUAACUUUACACUUUGUUAAAUAUAGUUCUUUAUGUGUUCUUCUCUAUUGAAUGGAAUGUGUCCCCCAGUCUAACCCUCUAAAUUUGACCUAAAAAUAAUCCACUAAAUGAUUUUUAAAAAUUUCAGUUAAUUUAAGGAAAUAAAUUAAUUCAAUUAAUUAUUAUGGGAUUUAACUGACAUUUUUACUGCUCUCUUAUUUUUUUAGUAAUUUGUUUAGAUACCCAAAUUGCUGUUUUUUGUCGAUGGGCUCUAUGCACGGUGGUGCAUGACGUAUUUCUGGUGAAAAUAAUCAGUACCCUCGAUUACUUCUGCCGAUCGUAGAGUUCUGUGCUACUACAGGAACUAUCGUCACUUAAACAGCCAAAAUAGCCACGGCUAAUUUAGGCUAAUAUAGAUACAGUACAUAUAGAUAUGUAUUUAUGUUUAUUUAAUGUUAUAAUGACAUCUAAACUUAUGACAGUAUCAUUUCAAAUACAAUAGAACAGCACUUCUACCACUGCUAUGUCUCGCAGUGUAUAGCAUCUGUUAUAUUUAACUAUUUUCUCAGUUUCCCAUUUCUCUCUGCUUUAAGUCUCCCCAACCGGAAACUGAAGAGGGUUUUUGCAUUAAAUGCGGAAGUCUCUCUGAAUUGAUGAAAUACUUGGCCACACCCCAAACCGUAUGACCAGUAAAACAGAUCAAGGAUUUUUCCCACACAGGAUCACAUGGUAAAUAGAUAACCUUUAACAUUUUUUUGGGGGGGGGGUGCUAUUAAGUCAGACUGACCAGUGUUACAUUUUUCAAAAGUUGUGAAAAAAAUUUCAGUGUAGCCAUAGCAAAUGUAAACAUUUAAGAUACUAAGCAAUGCAAAUAUAUAAUAAAUAAAGAAAGACAAUGUAAAAAAAAUGUCAACCUCUUGGAUUUAUAUAAAUUCUGUAGAAUGACCAAUAUAUAAACUGCCAUUUAAAAGAUUAGGGUCACUUACACUAGCUUUAUUUAAAUAUAUUUAUUUUUUAAAUAAUAGUAAACUCCUGGAACAAAUUUAAUGACUUGAUGUAUGUUAUGACAAAAAAAAUCUAAAUAAAUGAAAGCUCUGUUAUAUUCUAUCAAUGGACAUAAAAACUAAAAGUCCUAAGGUAUUAUCCUGUGAUAAGUUUUAAAGAGCAUUAAAUAGGUUUCCAGCUAUUGUGAGCUCUUUUCUGUAUAUUUGUCUUUGUUAUUUGGUCAUAAUAUCCAUAAUUGUUUUUAUUUUAUAAACUUCACUAUUACUUUUAUUUAAUAAUUAACUGACUGUGACUACUAAAGGUGUGUAACCCCUGAAGCAUAUGCUAGCCUACUUCUUGUUAGUUGUCUUAUCAAUAUUAAAGGGACAAUCAAUAAAAGUCCCAUGACCAAGUCCCAUGAUGUAAGGACCCUAUUGAAGCUGCUCUGCUUAUUAGAAGGAAAACGCCUUUGUUGCCAUACAGUGUCAUUAAUCCCUUUGAGAAGCACAUCAUAUCAUUUGAAUUCAGUCAACUUUUAUAGCACCACUUUUAACUCUUGGUAUCAUGCAAACAACAGAAUGUUUUAAUAUUAAAUUGCAAAAAAAAUCCAAAAUUUAUUGGGAAAACUAUUUCCUAAAUAUGCAAUAGAAUGGUUAAACUAAAAGAUGCCAGCAAGAUACAAAAUGCAAGCAAUUUUUUAAAUAUGACAUGAGGAUAAAGAAUAUAUGUGCAUGCACAUGCAGUUUUUUUAAGUGUUAAAAUUACAAUUAAAUGUUCUGCUUGAAUGUACUGUUUGUAUUUGUUUAUGCGUGAUGUAUUCACUUUGUUUUGCUUUUAUGUGUUUUUUAAAACACUUUGGAAUGUUUGGCAACUUGUAGCAAGAAAUAUAGCAACAAUGUAUCCAUUAUCUGUUUGCAUUUGAUCUAGUCCAUCUCUGUACUUCAUGGAUACUAUAACAGUAUCCCAUUACUUGUAUACCAGCAGGAAUUUGAAAUACAGUUUAUUGAUCUUCAAGCUAUGGUUUGAACUGCAAAGGGAAACUAUUUAUACUCCUGUUUACUACAUAAUGAUUUAAAUACAGUAUUAAGGCAAUAGCAUAAUGCCUAUAGGAAUGCAAACUGCACACUUGCACAGAAAGUUUUUAUUACAUCUUUUAACAUAAUUAUAUUAGAAUGCUUUGGACUUAAUAUAAAUGUAUGACCUGCUGUUUGGGUAUAUGGUAAAACAUUACUGUUAUUGAUAUACUUACAGCAUCUUAAAGGCUAUAUGGUGAAAAUAUAGGAGCUUUCAAAAUGUAUUUAUUUUAAUUUAUUUUUAUGGCUAGGUCUUUUAGAUUUUAAACCUCUAUAAAGAAGCAUUGUACAAUGUACACCAGCUCAAGAUACAUGUACAUAAUAAUAAAUAAAAACUCAA